AUCGCCUUAGAGAACGUACUUUGAAGUCAUAUUAUGAGCACGAGUGUUUGUAUCGUCUGCUUUCCUCGAAAGGAAAAAUAGAUUGGUGUACUAUUUGCCUCUGGCUCUUGCAUCCAUAGUAUUCAAAGCUGAAGACAUGGCGAAGCUCUACGAAGUAUUAACAAUAUGUUGCUUCGUUCUAGUGGCAAAAGCGCCCAUAUUCAGAAAGUUACGGCCAUACGUAUUGUAUUGCCGUAUUCUCAAGUAUCGUCAAGUCUUACCGGCAACUUGCCCCAGGAGAUCGAUAUCGUAUAAAGGGAAAAGGAAAAAAAGGGGCACAGGAAAAACACUAGGUAAAAUUUAUGAACUUUGCUUUAUCCAUCCAUAUUUAUCAAGUUCGUGUUUCGUCGUCUCCCAUUUUUCUGUCAACUUUGAUAGUUUAGAACGGUUGUUUGCUCCUUGGUGGUGAUUUCAUACUUGAGAAGGUAAUGGAAUCUGGAUAAUUUUGAUCUUCUACUUUGCUUGAUUUGGCGGAUGGGUG